AUGAAUUUCCAUUUUCGAUCUUCCCGCCUUUUUUGCAAGGCCAGCCGCUCAGUCCACGUUCGUCCGAAUCCGCCGCCCGAACCCCCCUCAGGGGCUCCAGAGAAUUCAGCGGAUUCGCCCCGCGUGCAGAUUCGCACGGACGCGUCUCUCGUUGCCGAUUCAACGCUGACGGCAGCGAAGGCGACUGCGGCGCGAGCCGUCGAAGAGGCGAGACAGGCAGGCGAAGCGGCGACCGCCGCUCGCAGGGACGCAGCGCAGGCUGCCCAGGCGGCGUGUCUCUGGAAGGAUCGGAGUGUCUGCCCUGCGGGUCCGGUGCUCGAGGCCCAGACGCAAAUGCCCCUCUGUCAGUUAGAGGAGAGCGCAGAGCUCCUGCUCAGACUAGUUUCUGCGCUUACAUGCCGAAGAGGCCAGGAGGGAAAAGAAGAGGCUCUCGCGCUUCUGGCCGACGCAGUCGCCCUCUUCAACCACGCCGAGGAGACCCGGCGCCGUGCCGAAGAGGCAACCAGUCGGGCGGCUGCGGCCCGCACGCGCGCCGCGUUUUUCACCCGCGAAGUGGAGGCGAGAGAGCGGCAGAAAGAAGAGGCAGAUCGGAAUUCAAAAGGCGCCGAGGACCACGCACGAAGGACGCCGGGCGGGCUCAGCCUGCCGCGAGGACCAGACAAACGCGCAGAAGAGGAGCGAGAGAGAUCGAGCGCAGGAGGGGAUGGAGGCCUGUGGGGUUUGGCGCAUGCGCGACGCAGAACCCGAGCUUCUUCCCGACUGCCUUCCUCCUAUCAAGAGCGCAAAAGUCUGUUUGAUGGAGCCCCUGCGUUGGCCGGUACAGCACAGAUAUGCGUGGACUUUACCGCAGCUGCGUCUGCGGAAGACGAACGGAAGAGAACAGACACAGAGGUGACGAAAAGAGAAGAGGGAGCGAACCUCCCGCAGAUGUUUCGGUUUCGGACUCCAAAUCCCCGCGCCGCUGUCAAGCUCCUCACCUCUCGACCCUUCGUGGCCACGUUCGGCGACUUGCUGCACAAAGCUCUGCAGCCGAUUCUGCGAGAGGGGAGAGAAGCGAUUCGGUGCACGCUGCCGCGAGACACUGGGACCCGGACGGGCCGAGAGGAAGCAAACGGUCAACACGACGCUGGUCCCUCGUCGCCCAACGCUUCGCUCUCGCACCAAAGAGACAAGGAAGGCGAGGAGAGGGACAGUGAGGAGAGGGAAGGCGAGCCAUGUCACAGGAGCCACAACAGGGAGGAGACGAAGAAACCUGCUGCGGAGCGCAGCAAGGAGCGACGGAGAAGUGCAGACAGGGUUCGGUUCGCAGACGACGAGCAAGAAGCAAGUGUGCCUGCAGAGAAAACGGAACAGAGUGUGUCAGCGGAGGCGUGCGCGCAGAAUCGUGUCGAGACACUCCGCAUUCCAACUGGACGUUAUUUACUUACGGCGCGAGACGGAGCACAGAGAAAUGCAGAAGGGCAGUCAGAGCCCGGCGACGAGGGGAGAGAACACGAACGACCAGUCGAAUCGGUGAAUCAAGAGCGUGAAACCGAUUCGCAGCAUGCCGAUCCACAGAAGACAGCAGACGACGUCGCCCAACACGCGGCGACGGUUCCCGAGCAACGGAAGAGGCUGGCAGCUAUUCUUCAGUCGCGAUUGUGGGAUGUUACCCGAGACGUCCUCAGUGUCUAUUCCGUCGAUCCCGAAACAAGGUGUUCUCUUCCUGUCGCUGUCGCUGCACUUCUUCGACUCCUCGCCGACGGCUUCGUGCUGGAGCUCGAGAUCUCGAACCCCGUCACCGCCCUCGUCCGAUGGCCACGCGUCUUCCGCCCGUGCUGGCUGCGCCUGCUGCUCCGCUUUGCUCCUCUACGUUCGCUCGCUCUCUGGCGCGAAGCUGAGGCUGCGAGCGAUGGGAGAGACGAGAGAGUCCAGAGUAUCGGGAAUUUAGGCUUCAAGGGAGAGGCAAGAAUCCGUGGGUUCGAGUGCGUUCUUCGCCGUGCUGGCGAGCCGCCGCCUAUUUUGUGCACCAUCCGACAGCGCCUGGCGAAGCAUCUGCAGCUGAGGAGGGCCUCCAUACAGACGCGGGAAGAAGGGUGGGGAAGCACAUCCGUGAACGAAGAAGAGGGCGAGGCGCAGCAGCCGUCUGCAAAGGGAGAAGCCUCACAUGAGCCGGAAGGUACUGAAGAGGAAGUCUCCUUCCUGUUCGACUGUCCCGUCCGCUUCCUCCUUUCCGUCUCUUCCGCCCCGUGGAGUGUCCCCUCCGCCUCCGGAAGCUGCGCCAUCGUUUCUCCCCGACGCCGGCAACGCUGCGGCGUCAAGUGUACCUCGAAUUUCUCUGGUCUCUCCGCCUAUCUCUUCAUCUGUGUCGGUGUCUCCGCAUGUUCCCUGGUCUGGAGGGAGAACGGCUACUCAAGGAAGCGAAAAGGAGAAGGCAAGCACGCAUGCAAGGCCACGCGCCUCGCCGCCCUCGGCACCAGGUUUCCUCCUGACCAGCUUGCGUGA